UUUUUUUUUUUAAUUUAGACUGUGGUGUUUUUCGUGUUACUGAAAAAUUAUUCCUUUGCACUGAACGUGGCACGAUUAAUGUUCAGAAUACUUGUGAAUGUGUUUCACCAAGAAAGUGAGUUACUAAAUUAGGAAUUAAUCAUUUGAAGCCUGCACCAGGUUGACAGGAUGGGAUUUAAUGAGGAUUUAAAUAUGCAUCAUUGCCACCACUUCAUUUUAAAGCAGCUGUAAAGUUGUGAGAUUUUAAAUAUGUGAUAUUUGAGAAUGGUCCGUCCUACUGGAGAUGAAUCAAGACAAGUGCCAAUUGCUGAAGUUAAACCUGACAGCUGGGGACACACUAUUUCUCAAGAUCUCCAAAAAGAUGAUACAGUAACUCUUACCAAAUCACAGUUUCAACAGAUUUUAGAAGCUAUUGGACAAGCCCAUGGUGUAAAUGGCUCUGAGAAAAUAUAUCCUUGCCAUGAAAAUGAAGAUCAACUUCAUGCCAAAUCUGUGUCUGAAAAUAAUUGCAUUGAUUCUAGUCCAAAGAAAAAUAUGUAUAAUAAUGUAAGUACUUGUGUGCCAUCAUCUGAAGAAAGCAGUAAUAAACUUCAUGUGCCUUGUCCUCUUGAUGUUGUUAUAUCUUGCCCAACUUCAUUAAGUUGGUCUGCUCCUCAAACUGAUUUAUCACCAUCAAAGUUAUCCCCACUAAGUAAAGUUGAACAGAAACGCCUUCAGUGGGAAAAAGAAAGAGCUGAAAUGAUUGAUUGGAAUCCCUGGGGAAAACCUGGUGCAGGUGCACCAGCAAAGAAAACUCAGAUAGUUGCUCCAAUUACUCCUAGAGCAAAUAAUCAGUUGCUGAUGGUUCAGACUUCUGCUGCCAUGCCCUAUACCAGUUCUGUGCCUGCUGGAAUUUCUAGUUGCCUUCCAUCUCCAAAUGUCUACCGAAACUUACCCAAUGCAUUAGAACAUAAUAAUUUUCUGCCCAAUAAAAAUUUCACAAAUUACAGUUGUGUUGCUCAACCAAUCAAACCUGUGCCACCUGUGUUUAAAAGUUCCAUUGCUUUUGGCAAUGAUGUUGGUGAAUCUGGGACAAGUGAACAAUACAAAAGACAUCAGUGGCUGCGAGAAAUGGACUACCAAAGGGAAGAACACAGAAGAUAUCAAGAGCAACUGCACAUGUCUCAAGUGUCUGAUCCUAGUUGGAACAAUCAUUUAAAAGAGGAUAUAGAAAGUAUCUCUGUAUCAGUUGAUGGUUCUGUUCUUCCUGGUGCUACUGAGUUAUCUAAAAGAACUUACAUGCGUGGCCAAGGCUUUCAGUUAGACCCUGUAUCAGCUGCUUUGGCAGAGGAACGUCGGCAGAAGGCUCAAGAAUAUCAGCAAGCAAUUCGUCUUCAGAUGGAAGAAAAAAAACGAAGGCUGCAGGCGGAAAGAGAACGAAAGAAGCGUGAAGAAGAAGCUGAAGAAAAGCGGUUGGAAGCAGAAAGAGCUCGGAUACAAGCUGAAUAUGAAGAAGAACAAAAAAGAAUAAAGCAAAAAGCAGAAAUUGAAGAAAAAAAGCAUCAGGCAUUAGUUACAGCUGUACAACAAGCUCAAGCUCAGGCAGAGAUGGAGAAAAAGUCUAGAAAAAUUCAAAAAUUAUUGCCACUGAGUCAUGAAAAUCAAGAAAGUAAUAUUUCAAGUGAUCAGAAAGAUGGAAAUAAUGAUGUAUUAUCUCUAACAAACAAUUUGGACUCCAAUCUAGUCAUCAGUACUAAUGCAAAUGUUUUAUUUACAGACAGUAAAGAAAACAUUUCAACUUGUUCAUUAAAAUCAAGUAAUAGUCCAUUGAAAAAUGAACCAGAACCAAAACAUGACACAGAUUGCAAAAAAGAACUUGGUGUGCAAACAGUACCAGUUUCUGAUUCUGAAAAAAGUUCAGUUUAUGUAGUAGAUAGAGUGUUAACACCUUCCAUAUUUAGAGUUAGAGCUAAAGCAGGUCAUAGGCGAGACUUUGGAACUCAGACUGAUAUUCACUAUGGAAAGUAUUCUGUGGAUGAUGCUGAAUCGACAGAAAGCAAUUCUAGUUCAUUUCACAGUCCAGUUGCGAAACGUGUAAUUCGAGUGCAACAUAACAAACCUUAUAAAGCACAACGCCGUCCUCAGUGCAGUGACGGUUUAACAGUCAAUGAUCGACCCAAAUGGGGAGUGAAUCAACCAUCAAAAUCUUAUGUUAGAAUGACCGAAAGGGAUCCACAUUUUACCAAACGCAAAAGAAUGCAAGAGUUAAGAAAGCAGCAUUGGGCUCGGGAACUUGCUGCUCAAAAAGCUAAUCAGACAUCAAGGCGCUCAACUGUUACGUCUUAUCCUAAUUUAUGUUCGAGAAGGGCUGCAAGCAGCUCUGACUGUACACUUGGCUACAGUAGCUCUGAUUUUGAAACAAGAUCCUAUCGACCAUUCAGGAGUAAUUCAACACCUCGCUAUCAUCAACCAUCUGCUUUCCGUUCGGAGUGUGGUUCUGCUGAGACUAUAGCAUAUUUUAGUUACAGCCCAUCACAUAAUAGUCGUUUGCCUAGAUCAUUACUUCAUCGAAGAGAAUCACAAAGUUCAGAUAAUCUUCCAUCCAUCAUUGGUGGUUCUGAACCAUCACCUUCCAGAAGGAUUGACAGUUUUCCUUUACCUUCUUGUGGAGGUGCCAGCCUUCCACCAAUGCGCCGUAAAUGGCACAGCCAAGAAACAUUUUAUCCUGUUACUAACUGUCAUACAUUUUCACCUCCUCAUGUGCCUGGUGUUUAUCCUAGAACACUUGGAGAAUCAUUUCAUUAUGAACUAAUACCACCGCAUCCACCUCAGAGACGUAAAUGGAGUGACCAAGAAAGUUUUGACCUAGAAAGUGUAGUCAGGUCUCGAGUAGCUGAAGGCAGUCGAGCUUCUUCGGCUGAAAGUAGUGAGAAAAGUGAAGCAGCAUCUGCUUCCUCUGCUGGAAGUUCAAGGGGUAAAUCUGCUAAUCAGAAUCCUCUAGUGUGUCCUGAAGUUGUAACAGGCAGGCCCACACCACGACAGGACAGGAUUUUACAAAACUUGUCAUCUUUGAGACAGGGACUACUAAAGAAACAGAAGGAGUUGGAAAAUUUGAUUCGCCGUCCACCUCCUUAUUUAUCUUAAUACAUUUAAAAUUCUCAUGUGUGUAGUCAUGGUUUGUAUUUUAAUCAGAAGACUGUAAUUAUCAUAAACAGUCAACAAUAUUUUAUCAUAUUUUAAAGUAAAAAGUAUACAGUGCCACAUAUGCGUUUGAAAGCUGUGCCACAUUCAUCUUUACGCACUGAUAUUCUUUUCUUUCUGAUGUUAAUUUAUUUUAAAUCCUUAAGUUUAAGAAAUUUUUAUGAAUUGUUGAAUUCUAUAUGAGUAAUUUAAGUUUGUUGAUGCAGUUUUUAGAAGAUAUAAAUUAUUUGUAAAAUACAAAUUUCUGAUGUUGUAUAAAAUAAUAUAGGAAUAUAUUCAACUGUUAGCAUGAAAUUUUUUUGGUGUGUUAUAUGAUAUUUUAAUUGCAUCUGGCUGUUUCCUUUAUAUUAUAUUUAAAUAAUAUCAAUGCAUAAUCAUGCCUAGUCACUCUUAGAACAUAUAAAGUGCAAUUCACAUGAGAAAAGCUUUGAAGUCACCCAUAUUUUUACAUAAUUUACAUGUAGUAUUAUUUUUAUAGUUUUCUAAGAAAAAUAGAAUCAUGCAUUGUGAGUGCUGUUAAUUAAAAAUUACUUAUAUAAUUGUGAUGUUUCAGUUUUUGAGAUAUUUAUGAUUGGAAGCAAAUGUGUGUUUUAAACUUUCCAUGAUAAGACAAUCAAAUUAAAUUCUCUUGGACUGUAAAGAGAAUUUUCGUUAAAUGUGUAGUGCUUUUAAGAGUAUCAUUCCAUGAAUGGUGAUAAAUGUACUCUGUAGAUAUAUUCUGUAUAUAUUUUAUCUUAACCAGAGCAUAUUUAAUAUUAUCUGCUUAAAAGAAAAUUCUUCACAUACACAAUUAAAUGCACAAUAUUCAACUGCAAUUUUAACAUUUUCCGGUUUUUUGUAUUCAUUUUAAAAUAUAAAUGAGAAUUUGAAUGUUGAAUGCAUAAAAUGAUUUAUUAAAUUUUAAUUAAAAAUUUUAUUUGAAUGUGUUGAACUUUUUUGCCCCCCCCCUUUUCCCUAAUUUUUUACCCAGCUGUUUUGUUUUGUCUUCAGUUCAAUUUAGAUGUUUGGCAUAUUUAUUUUUUGAGUACUGUAAACUCUAUUUAAUAUUUAAAAAUAUUUUUAUUUCUCUUCUGUCAAUUCAGUUAGCAAAUGUUUGUCAUAUAUGUAUGUAUGUAUUUUAAAUGCUUCCACUAAAUAGCUAUAGAAUUUCAUUCUUUCUUUAAAAUUGCUUUUUAAUGUUCCAUAAUUUCUUAUUACCAACAUUAACAAAUAAAUUAUUAUGUUUUAUUUUGUAAAAAAAUUAAAUAUAUUUAAGACAUACAAAAUUCAAAUGCAUGUAGAUUGUGUUCUGCAUUAACACUAAAAAAAAGUGGAAAAUUUUUAUGAGGGUAUGAUAUUUUCGAUUUGAAAACUGUGGUUGGUUCACAUUUUAUAUUUUCAUGUAAACCACACUUUCAAAUGAUCAAAAUUAAAAAAAAAUUUUUUUUAGAGCUUUCUAAUCUUGUAUUGUAGUUACCUUGAUAAUAAUUUUAAAUUAUAUUUUGUAUUGAUGGUGAAUUAUUUAAAAGAACAGAAGGGAAAAAGAAACUAUUACACUUUUUAUAUAUUUAUGUUUAAACUUUUCUGUGAUACAUUUUCUAGUCUAUGAAUGUCUUGUCACUUGUGUAAUACUUUUGUUUGCUAAGAAUUUUGUAAUGUAAUCCACUGCUUCUAAAUUUAUUAUUAAAAAUUUGAAUACAGAAAAUGUU